AGCGAGACGAGCGAAGGGCCAGAGCGGCCGGAAGUGAGUCCAGCCUGGGGUAGUGCUGGCCGCGCUGGCGGUGCGCCGCCUCUAUCCCCCUCGCGGUAGUUGCUGCUCGGCCUCGGGAAAGGAAGAUGGGAAUGCCAACCUGGAUGUCGCCACGCCCCUCACGCCCCAGAUGGACCUCGGGAAAGACGAGGGAAGUCUGCCGCCGCCCUCAGGGCCGCCCACCAGGAAGAAGUUUGUCAUCCCCCUGGAAGAGGAGGUCCCUGCUGCAGGGGCCAAGCCCUUAUUCAGAUCCUCACGGAACCCCAGCACCUCGGCAGCCUCGGUCCCAGCGGCUCCUCAGACAUACGCCGAGUAUGCCAUUGCCCAGCCUGCAGGAGGGCCGGGGGCCACUGGGCCCACAGGCUCUGAACCUGUUAAGGGAGAGAACUCCAGCCAGACCCUGAAAACAGGAACGAAAUCCAACAGCAUCCUCGUGAGCCCCCGGCAGAGGGGCAACCCUGUGUUGAAGUUCGUGCGCAACGUGCCGUGGGAAUUCGGUGAGGUGACCCCUGACUACGUGCUGGGCCAGACCACCUGUGCCCUUUUCCUCAGCCUCCGCUACCACAACCUCCAUCCAGACUACAUCCACGAACGGCUGCAGAGCCUGGGGAAGAGCUUUGCCCUGCGUGUGCUGCUGGUCCAAGUGGACGUGAAAGAUCCUCAGAAGGCCCUGAAGGAGCUGGCUAAAAUGUGUAUCUUAGCGGACUGCACCCUGGUCCUGGCCUGGAGCGCCGAGGAAGCAGGGCGGUAUCUGGAGACCUACAAGGCGUAUGAGCAGAAGCCUGCUGACCUCCUCAUGGAGAAGCUGGAGCAGAACUUCCUGUCCCGGGCCACCGAGUGUCUGACCACCGUGAAGUCAGUCAACAAGACCGACAGCCAGACCCUCCUGGCUACAUUUGGAUCCCUGGAACAGCUCUUCACUGCCUCACGGGAGGACCUAGCCUUGUGCCCCGGCCUGGGCCCCCAGAAGGCCCGCAGGCUCUUUGACGUCCUCCACGAACCCUUCCUCAAAGUGCCCCGAUGACCCGCUGCCCGAGCUCCAGUGUCACAAUAAAGCAUUUUCCAGGCCCC